UUCUGUGCUCGCACGCUGCACAGACUAAUUUAGUCGCGAAUGAAUUUAGCUGUGCGAAAUUGAGUGACAUUUCAGAUCUAUAAUUCAAAAUGCAAAUAUACCUUAGAGUGUUUGGCAUAAUUUUAAUUUUCUUAUUAAAUAAAGUGAACCUUAUAACAAUGGAAGAAACGAGCUGCACUGUUUUUAGUAGUAAUAUGGAUAUACAAUGCGGUGGCUACUGCUACAAAAUUGUAAAGACUCUUCUUGAACAUGCUACUUCCGUUUAUUUAAAAGAAAAAAAAUAUACAGAAUUGGAAGCUAUAAUUCAUGAACAAAAACAAGUUAUCAAUUAUAUGGAGACACAGGAACUUAUUAUGCAGGCAAAUCUUACUUUCCAUAGAGAAACUAUUAAAAGUAAAGAUAUGCAAUUGGCGCUUCAACUUGAGCUGAUAAACUCAUACACAAGAAAUAGUGUAAGGGACAGUACUGAAAAAGAUUUGGAAAUACUUCAAUUAAAAUCUUUGAUUAAUGACAAAGACCUUCAGCUGAACAAUCUGAAAAAACAAAUUACAUCGAAGUGCUCAGUUCACGAAGAUCUAUCUAAAUCUCCUAGCUGCCAUGGCAAAUCGACUGGAGUGUACAUGAUAAAAGUUUCCGAAAUGAAGACUAUCUCCGUAGUCUGUGACUCGGACAUUGCCGGUCCCGGAUGGAUCGUAGUACUACGCCGGAUUAAUGGUGGAGUGAGUUUUAACCGAAACUGGGAGGAGUAUAAGGCAGGCUUUGGCGACCAGCAAGGAGAGUUCUUUAUAGGUUUAGAGAACCUCCAUCUACUGACGCAAUCAGAACCUCACGACUUAUAUAUAAGCCUUAUGUAUUCUGAAUCUGAAUCUCGGUUCGCCCGCUAUAGUAAUUUUCUCAUUGGAAAUGAGGGAGAAUCCUAUAAGCUAAAAAAGCUUGGAGAAUAUUCAGGAAAUGUGGGUGACGCCUUCAGAUAUCAUGAGCAUAUGAAAUUUUCAACACCAGAUCGUGAUAAUGAUUUGAGCCUGCGAAAUUGCGCCAAAGCUCUCAAUUCUGGAUGGUGGUUUCAUAAGUGUUAUACCUGCAAUCUAAAUGGAGUAUAUCAAAAGGAUAACACUGGUGAACUUGGAGUUCAUUGGAAAACAUGGCAAGGAAGAUCGAUCAAAUUUGUGCAAAUGAUGAUUAGGCCAACUUCUCAAGAAUAAGUUUGCUACCAACCAAGAAUGAUACCAUUUAACAGCACUGGUUAACUAUGGAAUACAUGAGGAAAUAUUUAGCUGGAGCUUUUUGAACAUAUAUAAAUAUGAACCGAACUUUUGAUAUGAAAUCUAUAAUUGUAGAUUUUUUAAAUAUACACAAUUUGUAUAGUUUGUUUAACGUAACUUUUCUUAAACUAUAAAUAAA